UUGACGUCAUCCGUCAUUAUGUGCAUUGUAUGUUGUAAACAUGUUUAAUGUUUCAUUGUGUUGAUUAAUAUAUAUUUUUAAUUGUUAUUCUGGACCCCUCUAAUACUACUCAUCUUUUAGUUAUAUUUUAUUGUUACAAUCUGUUUCAAAAGGCUAACAUAUAUGAAGAUUCAGAAUUUUAUUGAUAUACGAUUUUUUUGAUUGAUGAAUCAUCACUCACUAUAUCAAAUUAAACUUUAACUUUAAUAUCCACCAUCAGAAGCAGCAAUAAUGGAGUGGCUGUUCGGACACCGCAUGACCCCCGAGGAGAUGCUGCGCAAGAACCAGCGCGCGCUCAACAAAGCCAUGCGCGACCUCGACCGGGAACGGCUCAAGAUGGAGCAACAAGAGAAAAAGGUUAUUGCCGACAUCAAGAAACUGGCCAAAGAAGGACAAAUGGAUGCUGUAAAAAUAAUGGCAAAAGAUCUUGUCCGUACGCGUCGUUAUGUGCGCAAGUUCAUGAUCAUGAAGGCCAACAUCCAGGCUGUGUCACUAAAGAUCCAGACACUGAAAUCACAGAGCAGUAUGGCGCAGGCGAUGCGCGGCGUCACGCGCGCCAUGGCCACCAUGAACCGGCAGCUCAAUGUGCCGCAGAUACAGAAGAUCUUGCAGGAAUUUGAGAAGCAGUCCGAAAUAAUGGAUAUGAAGGAGGAGAUGAUGAAUGAUUCAAUUGAUGAAGCCAUGGAGGCUGAUGAUGAUGAAGAGGAAAGUGACGCUGUUGUUUCCCAAAUUCUGGAUGAACUGGGAUUGCAGCUCAAUGAUCAAUUGUCAGGUCUGCCGCAAGCCACUGGGUCUCUUGCCGUCUCAGCGAAAACGCCGGCGAGCCCCACAGCGGCGGCGGCCAACGGCGGCGCCGCGCUCAGCGACGCGGACGCCGAGCUGCAGGCGCGCCUCGACAACCUGCGCCGCGAGUGAGCACCGCCCGGCCCCCCCCGCUCUCGCCCCCCCGCAUACGAAAACGCGCCCACACACACACCCACGCUUCCCCCUUCCCCCACACACAAACGCGCCCCUCCCCCCCUGACUCACACACUCACACACACACACUCCUCCCCCUUUGUCUAUUGCCCGAAGCGUUUACAAUACGUUAAUAUUAACGAGAAGCGAGCAUGAACACGCCACAUACAUACUCCCCAUUCAUCACUCUGUGAUGUGCGAUCUGUUAAGAGAUACAAUCAAUUUAUGCUUAUCAUCACGUUACAUAUUGCUCAGUCAAAACCACUGAAACCAUUUUAGUCAAGUAAAUAAUGAUUUGUCUGGAAGAAUCUAUAAUUUGGCGGAAUUGUCCAAUAUUGUUUUUAAAAUUAAAUAAAUUAAGGUAUGUAAAAUUGAAAGAAUCAAUACUUCCAGCCACUGAACAAUAAUAAUUUAUACCAAUAAUUACAAUAAACGAAUUAACCAUCUAUCCACGCUAUGUAUAUGUACCUAAUGAUCUACUUUAUCUGGCCACUGACAUCCGCGAGGGAUGUGUGAACAGUCAAGUUAUAUAACUGAGAUUUUUUGCUGCAUAGAGCUUGUGUAACUUUAUAUUUGUAUAAUGUACGA